AUGUCUGUGUUUCAGGUGGGAAGAGCUAGUGGUUUUCUUGGAACAAUGAGUUGGCUCCUUAGGUCCCAGAGUCGUUCCAGGAUUAACUUGUGUAAAAUUGUUACCUUACAGUUGCGUGCAAAUUUGGCACGCCACCAUAUUAUAUUCAACAGAUGUUUGAAAACUUCAUCUGUCCUUUCUGGUGAUAAAAAUGGUAAGGAUUCAGAUUUGGUUGAAGAAAGUCAAAUUCUUGCUACGAUUGCCUCUUUUGGUCAACGAGGUGAUGAAAUUUCUCUAUACGAGGACGGUCUUGAUUUGGAAAAGUUCCAUGACGAAACAAAUAAGACUUCACGUGCACUUAUUGACACGAUUGAACCAGAGGUAUUGAACAUUGAGGCCUUUACAGAUAUCUAUGAACAACCUUUUCCUAAAUGUUCAGGAUGUGGGGCUGUUUUCCAGAGCGAAGAUCCCGAGAAGCCGGGUUACGUUAUCCCCUCUAAGAAUCCGGUAACAGGAGAUCAGAUCUCAAACUCUGACUUGACAUCGAGAACACUUGUCUGUCAAAAAUGCUUCAAUCUAAAACAUUACAACAAGCCCUUUCCUAUUACUGUAACUUCCAGUGAGAUAAAUGAGUACUUAAGACACUUGCAGAGAAGAAAAGGCUUGAUUCUCUAUGUUGUAGACUUGUUAGACUUGCCUGGAAGUCUUUUCCCGAAUCUUCUUGAAACUGUGGGUGAAGCUAAGCGGAUUAUUGUAGUGGGAAACAAAAUAGACACGCUUCCUGUAGAUGGCCAUACUGGCAAGCAAGAGGAACAUCUCCAAAAACUGCUUUUCACAACGUGUAAAGCUCAUGGGCUUGAGGGUGCGAACAUCAAGAGUACCUGUCUUGUGAGUGCCAAGUCUGGCUUUGGAAUCCUACAGCUAGCGAGUAAGAUCUUAGAACAUUGGGAUCAUAAAGGUGAUAUUUACCUUGUUGGGUGUAGUAACACUGGCAAGACGUCUUUGUUUAAUCUUUUGUUGGAUCUAUUCAGUGUUUAUAAGAAAGCUGACCUCUUGCAGCGGGCAACUGUUAGCCUGUGGCCAUGCACUACGCAAAGAAUGUUAAGGUUCCCUAUUAGUCACUGGAUGUUAAAGAAACUUUGUAUGAGACUAAGAGAAGGUGUUGAAAAGGUGGGUACGAAAGCCACUCAAACAAGUGCUCAGUAGACCUUAUACACAAUACCUGCCAAUUUUGCAAGUGUUUGAGGAUUAUUGGGAUAAAUGCAAUGUCACACGGUAUUAUAGGGGACAAACAAAUUAAUGAUAAAAUUUGCCAAUAGCAGUAACCAUAGUCAAGUUUUUUUUACAUUGCAUUCUCUCAAAACAAGACAUCUAUUGUUACGCAAAAUGUACAGUGCGAGAUGGGACAAGUUUUAUGUCAUGAUUGCUCACUGUGAGGACAUUCUAUGGUCGGUCGCUACUGUGUACAAACAAAGUAACGAUGAUAACUUUUGGGGAGAGGGUUUGCAGGGGUUGUAACUUUGGUUUUUUUGUGGUAUAAAAAUAAUAUUAUGCCUUAGACUGGGUUUAAGCAGGCUUGAAAUGUAUGUUAUAUGUCAUAAUUAAAUUUCCGGUUGAAACUUUUAACUGAGGUGGAAAAAUUAUUUAUUGCUAUUUCAAGUUGAUUUUUUAAUUUUCGUUGUUGUUGUAAAUUAGGGUUAGGAGAUAAAAAUAAUAAAAUAAAAAAAAAAUCAAAAUUUUUGCUUUCAUGAAAAAAAAAUUAGAAAAAAGCAAUAGUUUGCAAAGUUAGUUUUUUGGAACCGUGCAAAUAGAAUCACAAUUUCAAUUCUCUUUACUCUUUGCUUCUUUUUAUAAUUUUCAUUAUUGCAAGGAAGUUUAUUCUGGGGUCGAAAGUUUAUUUUGUAUGCACAAUGUUUGCCCUCAUUCUACCAUGAGUGCAUUGGUUUUUCCAGGACAGACGAUAUGCUAUGAAGGAAGAGAAACCACUGCGAGCAACCGUUUGCUUUUCCAACGAGCAUACAUGUAUGUGUCCAUUUGAUGGCUGUGUCAAAACGUCAAAUGACAUAACUUUCUUGUUUUGCAAGAAACAUUACGUAAUUUUAGAUCCAAUGAAGUGAUGGCAGCAAGGUCUUCAAAAAACAAUAGGUUUGAUAAGCAAAACAACAACUUUCCAUGUGCAUCACAUUUGUCUGUACAUUUCUUUGCCAUUUUUGCAUGACUACAUUGUAAAAAUCCCUACUGUCGAAUUUUAUGGAGGACGUAAACAAGCAAUGACAAGCCUGGAUUUGGUCCCUAGGAAUUCAACUCCAAUUGGUUUGCUUACAUUUGACUAAAAUGGAAUAGUUGCGAUAAAGACUGAAAGAAACUACAAAAUUCACUGCAGGCUCUCAUUAAGGCAGAAGUUAUAAGAGUAAGCAAAUGCAUGAGAGUGUUAACUUGUUUUUAAACAGGUUUCACCUGAUUUAUUCAUCCAUGGUGCUGUAAGGUGGCUCAAUCAAAGAAGAAAAUGGUUGCUUGCAGUGGUUUCUCUCCCUUCAGUGUAGCUUCUGGCUGGGAGAAACCAUGUACUGCUUGCAGGGUACCCUCAUUCAGGCAUGACAAUAGACAUGUUAGAUACUUUGGUUACAAGAUGAUUUCUUUACUGAUUAUUUCAUUCCUUUUGGCAGUACUCAGAUGAUCGUGAAAUAGAAAUUGAUAAUGAGAUCAUUGACAAAGAAGAAACAGACUACAGAGAACGUGGAAAAAACAGAAGAAAGCAUCUACAAGCUCUUGUUCCCUCUGAGCCGGAUAAUAGAUCCUCUGGGAUCACUGUUGUUCAACCAAGCUUUGUGAUGGAUCAACCCAACAAGAAACAAACUUGGCUGUAUGAUACUCCAGGAGUUAUCAAUGAGAAACAGGUUUGAUGAACUGUGCUCUUUUCCAGUGCCAUGCAGGACUGAGCUCUUGCAGUGCCCUGAGUGGCCCCUGGCAACUUACUUUUGCUUUUUGAUCACUACAGUAAGAAAUCUUAGUUUUUUCAUGAAAAAUCACAUACUGGGCACCCUGGAUUUUACGGGCUUGCUUCAAUAUUUUUCUGAGAGCACAGCCUUGAGACCUACCAGUCUGUUCAGUUUUAGACUGGUUGAUUUUUUUCCCCUCAAAAUUGCUUUGAUCUGAAUGAACAAUCAUUUUGUAGUCCUUUUUUGACUGCUUUUUGGAGUACAUAAUACAUUACAUGUAUAUUAGUUCAAAAAUCAUGUCAGUGUCCGUGGUCAAAAUAAUAGAAGAAACCUUUCAUUAUACAAAAGAAAAAUGGCAGAUAAUAUUUGGCCUUAAUUUGGUUCAGAAGGAAGAAACAUCUACGAAAAAAAUCUCUGAACCAUGUUCUUUAGGUGAAAUAUGCUGAUAUCCAGGCAGUGCAAUUAAAAGCCAAAUGGAACGACUUAUGUCUUGGAAAUGCUCGAUCAUUUUGUUCUUGACUGCUUUAGGUAGUGAUUGUUUCCACAACCUAUCUUUUAUUGGAUGACUUGUGAAUUAUAUUGGGUUGAAUAUAAAGUACUGUUCAAAAUUUUGUUCAACUACUUGGACGGGCCUCCUUCUAAUUUCACCUCCUGCAGUUCCUCUCCAGACUUCUAUUAAAGAGACUACGUCUGGGCUAUUGUUUAAAAUGGCGGAUACAAAGUUAUAGCUAAAAGUGUUUUUGUUGAAUGAUACCAGCCCUGGAAAUAAAUGUUUUGAAAGUGUCUGAGAUCUAAGUUAAGAUUAGGUAAGCAUCCAUCUGGCUGUUGUUCAUCAGUUUUUACUUAAUGAAAUUAGUCCUACAUGUGAUUUAAAGGUACUUAUCUCAACAGAUUACAAGCUUGCUGACAAUAGAUGAGCUGAAACUCUUCAAUCCUACUCUUUGGCUUGUACCCAGGACUUUUAUUCUCAAACCAGGCCAUUCCUUGCUGUUAGGUGGACUGGGCAGAGUGGACUACCUUGAGGUAGAUUUUUUUUCUAUGGUACAUGUACAUGUAUAGUUGACUACCAAUAACUUGAACACUCACUAACCCAAACCUUGCGCCAACUAAGUCGAUUUCCCCUGAAUUUCCUUCACAUGUUUACUGUAAUUUUACCCUUGGUAACUCAAACCUUAGAUAACUCGAACCUUCCGCUAACUCAAAGUAAUUUUUGUUUCUCUUCAGGUCAUUUAAAUAUAAUUUUACUCUCGCUAACUCGAACCAUACAUGUUUUAAGGGCGUGACAAGUUGGAAAAAAGGGUCAGUUCUUUGUCUUUAUUUUUUUGUCAGUCUCCAGUUCAAAUUCAGUGUCGGCGCACCAUCAUCUGAUCAAGCUUUGUUGCUUAAUUCCUUUUUCAAAAUAUCAAUCUAUAUCUCUUGUUGGCCCUUCAAGUGUAGCCUCCCACGCAGGCGUUUUUAGGAGAGCUUGUUUUUCAUCCCUCCCAACAAAUGCCUGCUCAACCAAAGACAACUUUCCUUUCCCAAGCUUAGCCAAUCACAUUGUACUUUCCAAAUUCUGGAAAGUUGACCUUGACCUCAGGGUAAUCUGAUAAUUACUUGAUCUGCAUGAAACACUGGGAAAGCUCUCUGACCUCUAAUAAAUAUUAGAUUCAGAGUGGCAAAAUUAAGAUUUAGUCAAAUUUUAGAAUACUAGUCUUGAUGCACUGCAUAACCUUAGCGAACGAAAGAAAAGAAGGAAAACAGUAACUCUAGGGUCACGUUUUAGCUGUGUUUAGCCUGUCAACACUUUAUUUUACGACUGUUGAUUGGUCGCUUACCACGCAAAAAAAACAGUGGAAAAGGAAUGUUGUUUUCGGUUGAGCAGGCGUUUGUGGGGAAGGAUGAAAAACGAACUCCCCUAAAAAUGCCUUUGUGGGAGGCUAUUCAAGUGAAGUGUACAUGAUAAUUGCAUUCCCUCCCCCAACCAUCUGCUUAUCUGCUUUGAACUCUGGAUAACUUGAACUCCCAGUAACUCAAACUCCUGAUAACUCGACCUUUUUAUGAUUAAUUUUCACUGAGGUCUGAUUAAGAUAUCAGACCAUGAAUCAAGCAGUCCCUUACAAAAUUACCUCAACAAAGGUCCCUUUACAAAAUUGUGGGCAAUCUUAAAAAAAUAAUAUCAACUAAAAGUAACCAUACAUGUAAGCUGACUUAUCUCUUGUUUUCAUGGUUAUUUCAUUUUUUUUAUCAGAGCACUGUCCUUUUUAAUGAUUAGCUGCUAUACCUUGUCAAUCCAAGACACAGCUUCCACAUUUCAUGCCUACUGUGAAUUCACAUGCACUUUUAAAAAGUAUACUCCCAUUUACCGGUACAUGUAGCUUGCAAUUUUGGAGUGAAGAGCUAAGCUUUUUAGUCUGGCCUUGUGACCUUCUGCCCACUUACAAGAUUUGGUCCCAUUUAAGAGGUGGUUGCUUGUCAAUGAUCUAUUGCGGAAAUGCUAAUAGCUUUUCAGUUUUGAACUCUCCAGUUUUAUGAAACUUUUCUCAUUUCAAUGGUUUCCCUUUUUAUUUCAAAUAUUCAGAUAAAAAGGCGCAAACAAAACAGUUGUAAUGAGUGGGACAGCAUUCCAAAGGUGAUGGUAACUGCAUUUGAAUAAAUUUAUUAAUUCAUUUAAAUAUAACUUUUUUCAUAGUUCAUUAACCCAUUCACCCCUGAACUGCCCGCAACCGCCCAUGCGGAUCCAGGUCCUUUCUACCCUUUGUGACGUCAUCAGUUUUAACGGUCAAGGACAACUUUCUUCCCUAACUUGUGCAGAGUGAAGAGAUCUUUCAAACCGUACCAGAAUGAGCACAAUUCAGUCAAGGACACCGGAGAAAGAAGCAAAAAACCAUGUGACAUUGACCUGAAAAUCUCCAUGAAAGUCUUGUUCCAUUGCCCACCUACCUUUCCUUUCACCUAAUCCUAAGAUCCUAAAAGCUUUCCUAAAAACUCUUCCCUCCAAAAUGAAGCCUACUAAAUGCCCAGCAAGAGAAAAAAAAAAAUGAGGCAAGAAAAGCGAAAAAAGAAGAGAGGAGAGAAAGCGAAAAGUAAAAGACAAGACUGCUGUGUCACUUUUAAACCCGAAAUUUUGCUUUCUGCACAUGCCCGAACUUCGUAAGCUGAUAUUUUGCAUCUGGAUCAGAAGGCCGCCAAGUGUACGACCUGUUAACCGGUUUGUGGUAAGUUUUAGCUCUUUAUAGCACGACAGUGACCAGAAAACCACUCAACUAGCUUCAAAACGUGUUUUUCGGCAAAAUCUCCAGGAGCGAAUGGGUUAAUCUUUGUCAGUGGUGUGGUCUGAAAAAGUAACAACGCCGAAAGGGAUCCUUAAAAAAAUAACAAGAAAUUUAAUACUUUGACCUAAGAUUUUGAUAUAAGAUUUUGUGUAAUCAUUCCAGUUAUUUAAAAAUAUUUAUUCAUCCUUAUUUCUUUAAUCUGUAGCUGUGUGCUAUGGUUAAGCAGUGUAUUGCAUAAGAUAGUGAGUGUAAUGUUAUGUACCUUUUGUGGAGUUGCUAAUAAUACUUGAUAUAAGACAGUUACUUGUAUGUGCAAUGUAGUUAUUAUUGCCUGUUAUCCAAAUGUUGUUAAUCUUGACACUUUAUACUGUGAUUGCCUUUUUCCUCUUUCUUUCCUUAUUAAUUUUCCUUACUUUGUGUAUGUUUAACCAUUUUAGGCCAUCCAGUCGAUAUUUUUCACAGUGCUUGCAUCCCCUAAUUUGCCCAUGCACAUUUGUAAAGAAACACAAGCAGAUGAAGUUUACCUCAAACAUGCUGGCACAGAACUUCUAGGGGUAAGACAGUAUGUCCUUAGGUUGGGGUGGGGAGAGUGGAGGAUGCAGCUGUGAGUGUGCUAUCAGGCCAUAGUCUGCACAGGAGAUGAUUUCUGGUGCAUUUCUUGAGAAAGGCAGAAACAUUUUUCCCCUAAAUUCAACCCCCUCACUAUGGACGGUAGACGCUUCUGUUUUAGCCUAGUACAUUGUUGCUCAUAGGAGGUUAACCUUGCAAUGCUAUGCUCAACUUGAAUCUUUGAAGUUGUCCAUGGACUUUGUUGAUACGAAGGAGCCAGAUACAAAAAAUCAUUGACUGCCCAAGUGAUCUCUGUAAUGAGGGAUAUUAUAUAACUGUGUACCUCUGAGAACAUAUUAGAGGCUUGGGACUAGAGGCUGCCAAUUAUUACUAUUAAAGUAUGUGUUUCACUUGUUCAGUUAUAUGUAGUUUUGGUACAGACAACUUGAAAUUGAAUGCUGCUGUUCAAACAUCAGUUACUUACUAUUUUUGCCAUUAAAAACCAUAAUAAGUUGUGCAGUACCAUAUCUCUUGUUUUCAUGGUAUUAUGGCUAUCUACAAGUAAGAUAUGCAUGCCUGCAGAUCUUUUUUGGCCAUAAAAUGCAUUGUUUCAACAUACACGUGUAAUAUUUUGCUUAUUAGAAAUACAGUGUACACGGUUUAAGUUUAUCCAUGUUUUAAAUUUUUCUUUGUCUGUGAGUAUGGGUAUGUUUUAUAAUGACUUUGGAACAAUGGAAACCAAGGAUAAAAUUGAACCACACCAUAUGAUGGUCUCAGCUCAGGAUCUCUAUGAGUUCUACUCUAGGAGAAUAUAAUUAUUUUUAUGUUUUGAGCCAUUUGUUCUCUCCAACAGAUACCACUUGGUGGGAAAUCACGCAUGGAAACAUUUCCACAGCUCAAAUCACAGGACUUCACGGUGCAAGGAAUUGGCUGGGAUGUCUGUGCUGCUGAUUUGGUGUUGUCCAAUAUAGGUUGGGUGUCUGUGACUGCAGGGAUUGGGUCACUGGUGUUACUGAAGGCACACACUCCAAAUGGGAUUGGACUUGAUAUUAGAGAACCAGCUCUGCUGCCUGCCAGUGUCACAAGAAGAGGUCAGUACUAAAGCUACAGGGCUUAACUUUCUGGGCCCGGUUGUUCAAAGCUGGGUUACAGACAACCCAGGGUAAGUGCAAGCUGAAUGCAGAUAUGAAAGCUUAAAAAGCAAAUUCAGCUUAAUUUGGUUCGCUCUACAAAUUGCUAAUUGAAUAAUAGAGAAAAUUAUCCGACAUAUUGCUUUUGAUCAAAAGAAAAAGAAACUUGGAUUAGAAUUUAAGUCUGUGUUAGUAGAGCGAUUAAGUAUCGCGUUUUUUGCAAACGGCAAACGUGAAUUUGUACCUGGUGACCAAGUUUUCCAUUUACUUAUCGUUUACUGUUCAUUAUAACUACACGAAAAUCGGUAGAUUCACGCCAAUUCUAUUCACGACAGUUGUUUUAAGCUGUCUUUAUCUGCUCAUUUCUCAACUUGAAUCUCACGUUUACCGUUUGCCGUAAACGCGAUGCUUAAUCUCUCUAGUGCUAAUCGGCCAUCGAACAGCUGAGCCCAGAAGUCUCGUCAUGACCUUUUAUAAUUUUCUUAUUUUAUACCAUUUAUUUAAUUCAAUUACGUCAGGACUGUCACUGAGGUGUGGAGGCCGGGAAUUAUGCCCGGCUACUUCUUUGGGAAACAAAAGGAUAAAGAAAGAACUUUCUAGUUCUUCAAUCUCCCGCCUUCUGAUUGCAUAAUUCUACAUACCUAGUAACUUGAAAUCCUUGCAUGUUUUCCAUUUCCUUAACCAGGCUACCUUCUCCAAAGGGCGUGUUUGCCUUCUCUAUUUGAUGUAAUUUACGAGUAUAUACUUUAUGUCUAAACGUUAUUGAACUUGUUAAACAAAACUGUAUUGAUUGCUUAAGCGCUUUUUAUAUGCCGAAGUUUAUAAAUUUGUCGCCCGCGUGGACUAUAUCAUGCGACAAACUCCGGAGGCCCAUAUGUACUUGUAUUUAUGUAUCUAUGGUGUUGACAGAGACACCAUCAAGCGCCAAACUUGGUCCGUUGUUUUGACUGUUUUUGCGGCGGUUUUGGCGAUCAAAAAAUGCUUUUGGCGUAAGUAGGAGCUGUGGCGGCAGGCUAUUCGUGGCUGGUCACCCAACCAGGUUCUCACUUUGCGAGAUGCGCAUUUCUAGUAAAUUAUCUAUCUGUACCAGUAGCUUAUGUUAGUGGUUGUACGUUUUAAGGCCGACGCGGUGUGAGAUACCAAGGUUACCCCUGUGCGGAGAGAUACGAGGCUACGCGGAAAAAGAACCCUCAGUUCAUUAGAAUGGCCCGUGGACAACAUCUUGGUGAAUUCAAAUGGAUUCAGGAAAUUAAGAAGAAGAGAAUUGAACAGCGAUUGUUACUUAAGUUUGAGAAACGAAUGAAAGCCGCCGAGAGGAAGCUACUGCCAGGCUCCUUUGGGAUGACUCUGUCACGGGGAAAGUUUAACCAGGAAGGGCAGAAGUAACUUAAAUUGGCUGCGAAUCUUAAAGUUGAACUCAUUCCUCUGAGCAACUCGUACUAAGAGCUUUUGUUGAUAUGUUUCUAUCCCUUGGAAAAACCUGGAGUAAAGUUGUUUGUGGAACCUGUGUUUAAAUUAAUUGGGAUUAGUCAACGCUAUUAAUAAUUAAUAGCAUUGGCAAAGCAGUAUUAGGGUCAUUUAUACGAGGAAAAAUGAGACACGUCUUAAAUAGUUGUCCAUAUUUCUCACUCUCCGAAAUUAUCGUUUUCAAUUUACUUAAUGUUUUGAAAGCGUACUUUAAAAGGUCGUAACUGUUUAAAAACUGAAACUGCAGACUGUAUUUGCAACUACACUUG